UCCAAUGAUCUUUACAGAAACAUUAUCCUAAACAACCCCAAGAAGAGAAACACGCUCUCACUCACUACGCUCAGGUCUCUCCGGGACGACAUCCUGCGCGAAGCCGAUAGCACGGAUCUCAGAGUCAUCAUCAUUUCAGCAGAAGGACCUGUGUUUUCAUCUGGCCAUGAUCUUAAGGAACUGUUGAGCAAACAAGACUCAAAGCACCAUGCUGAAGUAUUUGAGACCUGCGCUGAGGUCAUGACUCUGCUCCAAAAACUGCCAGUGCCUGUGAUAGCCCAGGUGAAUGGCUUGGCCACAGCAGCAGGCUGCCAGCUGGUGGCAAGCUGCGACAUAGCAGUGGCAAGUGAGAAAUCCAGAUUUGCCACUCCUGGAGUGAACAUUGGCCUGUUCUGCUCUAGCCCAGCUGUGGCUGUGGGGAGGUCUCUUCCAAGAAAGGUUGCUCUGGAGAUGCUGUUCACUGGUGAGCCUAUUUCUGCCCAAGAAGCACUGCUGCAUGGCCUUCUCAGCCGGGUGGUACCUGAAGACAAGCUGGAAGAGGAGACCAUGAAAAUUGCACGCAAGAUAUGUGAAACCAGCAGGUCUGUUGUGGCCUUGGGGAAAGCCACCUUUUACAAACAGAUGGCACAGGACCUUGAAGCUGCCUACAGAAUGACCUCCCAGGUCAUGGUGGACAAUCUGGCCCUAAAGGAUGGGCAGGAAGGUAUAGAGGCCUUUAUUCAGAAACGCAAGCCUGUCUGGUCACAUACGGUGGAUAGAGCUUACAAAUGAGUUCAUGGGAAAUUAAUCCCAUUUCUAAGUAGAGUUUGUGGUAUGAUUCCCCAUACCAAUGCCUUUUCUGUCAAAGCUAUAGGUACUGUUGAAAUUACUUGUAAAUUUCUCAAUUAAAUGCACCAGAACCAAUAUGACAAAGUUUCUAAGGACACACGAAAGUUAAAGGAAUCAAAUCGCACGAGCCUUUCAGAACUGACACUUGCGCUGGCCGUUGCUAAAGGGCUCGGCUCUGCUGGCGUUAUGAAACAAUCAAUGUGACAGACUCGUGGUUACAUGGGACUCGACAGAACCUGCAAGAAGACAGCUCAGAUUGUUCUGUCCCAUCCUUUGCCCCUUGAACUAAAUGAAAAACUUCACCAGUUAUUAUUAGCAGAGAGUCUGUAUCCAAGGUACAAAGGUUCAUAUUCAUCCUGGAAAGGCCAGUUGUAUCUACAGACCCUAUAGGUUCUUAGAGCAUUAAGACUGUCCAGUAAGGAUUUAAACAAAAGCCUUCUAGAGCCAUUUCUUUUUAAUAAAAUACAAGGUAUGUGCCAUACUAGUCAUGAGCCCAUUUCCUUCAGGCAGUGCAAGAUCCUUCCAUUCAGUUCAUCUUCUAGUACCUUAUUUACUCUGAUUUCAAAGACAUAAAGUUUGCAUCAGAUGAGUCCCUAAAAUAGAGGCUGGUCCAGAAAUCUAUUAUGUGUACAGCUGCCUUUGAAACGAAUGACUGGCUCCUCCACAAAACCAUAAUCUUAAUCCUACUGAAGUAAGGGAAAAUUUUGCCAUUUACUCCCGUGAGACAAGGACAUUGCUUAGGGAAGAAACUCAGCAGUUGUUAGCUGGCAUCAUUCCACGGAGUUAUCCAGUCCUCUGCUAUUCAGAGCUAACCAUGACUCACAACAGCUCAACUGUUUGUGGUUUAGCACAGAGAACACAUCUCAGCAAAGAUACUUUCCCCAGGUUUUACAUAAUCAAUGCAACUACCAAAACCACAUGCAGGAUUCACCAAAGAAUCCAAGUGGUUUUUAAUCCACUUGCUUCCCAUGACAGUCUAAGAUCCAGUCAGUUAGACUGGCAUGUUAGUGAUGCCCAACCAGCAUGAGUAAUCUCCCUAUUAGGGGUACUGAUGUGUUCUGAAAAAAAAAUGACUAGUUCCUGUACCAUUGGGGUCAAAGUCUGUUGUCCCCUUUUCUGGGAUAAACUUAUACAGCCCUGGCUGGCAUUCAGCUACCAACCUAUACAUCUUUAGUUCAGAUUAUUAAUAUCAACAGCACCAUUUAUAGACUGCCUGGAAGCUGUUCUCCCUUCUGUCUUCAGUGAACACUCAGUAUUCAAGAAAGGAGUCAAUAUAUUUUUAACUGUCUCAGUAGUUGGAAUAAACAUUUGGGAACCUUCAGUCAGAACAUAAUUGUAUGCACAAAUUGCUUUAUUUACUCUCAGAAUGCCAAAGAAAUCUGAAUGGUUGGCAAUUAUGUUUUUGUUUUAAAAGUAUUGGAUUUUCUAUUUUAAUUGCCGAUAAAGAGUUAUGUAAGACCCUUUAGAUGGAUAGAUGGAGGGAAAGGAUUAAAUUUAGAGCCAAUCAACCUUGACAGAGUCUUUCUUACUACUACAUUACUACUUAGUUCAUCUUUCCACAUACUCAUCUGAAAGCAUUUAGGAGGACAUACGUUGGGUUUUUUUUAAAUUAUAUUUAAUGGAGCUCAUUCAGCUACUCAGCAAAUUCCUACUGCCUCUUUUGUUCCAUGCUUUUAAGACUAAAUAUAAAUCUGAUUUUGGCUGAAUAGUGCUCUUUUUAACUGGCUGGGGUGAUCUAAUGGCUCUGUUAGCUCAUCCUAGAGGGCUUUUAUAUAUUUAUCCUCUCUGUUUGUGUAGAUGUAUACUAUUAUGUAUAGAAACAUGUAUCGGUAUGUUAGUUAGAAAUUGUCCUGUUCUACUUAAUAAGGAGCUUCACACCUGCUUUUUAGAUGUAUCCAUUAAUAAAGCCUUGAGUUUGUUUUUUUU